UGGGCGGGCAUUUUGGCUAAGCAGGGGGCAGGGUGACUUGAUAGAUAGAGGGUACCCAACUCCUCAAGACUGCUCCAGCCCCAAGAGCAGCACAGAGCAUCAUCAUUAUCAUAGUAUAAAACAGACAACAAUGGAUUCCUCUUUCAGAGGCUCCUUGUGUUUCAUACUCAUCCUCUUCACACUGCCACACCUCACCUGCACAAUGAAGUGCCCCAACGGCUGCCAGUGCAACCCUGAUGGUGGCGUCUUGUGUGUUGGCUACACCAUCACAGAUAUUCCAAAGCAGCUGCCUGUCAACACAUAUCUGCUGGUGCUCAGCCACACAAACAUGAAUAUCAUAAAUGCACAUAGCCUGGCAAACCGGGACCUCCUUUUGCGCUUCAGCCUGACUAAGAGUCAUCUGCACACUAUCCAUCCCCAGGCCUUCCAUGUUGCUCCACAGCUCAAGUCUGUCCAGCUGUCCAACAAUGAUCUCUCUACCCUUCCUGCUCGAGUGUUCAGUCCACUGACCACUUUGGAGGAGCUGCAUUUAAAUGGAAACCAGCUGGAGACCAUUGCUUCGGAAAUGUUUGACGGACUUGUUGGGUUGCUGGUUCUGGACCUGAGCCGCAACAAACUGACUUCUCCUCCUUCAAAUGUUUUCAAUGGACUGAUCAACCUCAACUUUCUGAACCUUGGCAGGAAUUCCAUUAAGAAGCUUCCACCUACCAUCUUUAACUCCUUGACCAAACUUCAACAACUCUCAAUAUAUUACAAUGAGCUAGAGGUGCUAGAAGCUGAGAUAUUUGAUAAACUUGUCAAUCUUCAAGAGUUAAAACUCCACCAAAACCAGAUUGCCAGCCUCCCACCUCAGGUGUUCUGGUCACUGAGGAACCUGGACACCCUCACCUUGUCCACCAACCGACUUCAGGCUAUUCCAGAAAAAAGCUUCUAUAACAUGCCCAAGCUGACCCAGCUUACCAUUUACAAAAACCCGCUAUUAUCUCUACCAGACCAGUUGAUGGGUCACAUGCCUGAGAUGAGAGAAUUUUAUCUGUAUGGUACUAAUCUCACUACUGUUCCUGGAAAUUUAUUCGCUAACAUGUCUGGACUGCUGAAGCUUAACUUCCAUUUCAAUGAGGAAAUGAGAGAGUUGCCUUCAGACCUUUUCUGCUGUCUUCCUAACCUUAAGAACCUCUCACUGAAAUUCAACAACCUCCAUCAUCUACAUCCUCAGCUGUUCUCCAGACUAACCGCACUGGGCAUGCUGUUUCUAAAUGACAAUAAGCUGCAGAAUCUUCCAGAAUACAUUUUUCAGGGACUUGGACAGCUUUUCACCAUAAAUUUGAAGAAUAACCACCUCCAGACUCUCCCAGGAGAUGUUUUCCUGUCAAAUACAGCUUUGAGGGCUCUUGAUUUGAGUGGCAACCCCUGGGACUGUACUUGUAGUAUUAGAGGUAUUGCAAGAUGGAUAAGACAUAAUGAACAUGUGGUCACUGACAAAGAGGAUGUGAUUUGUCAUAGUCCAAUGUACCAAAUGCUCCGUACGAUUGGUUCUCUGCGUGAUGAGGAGUUCAACUUUUGUGAUGCUACUAGAGUCCCUAGUUAUUUCCCUACACAGAAUGAUUUGCAUGAGCCAACACAACCGUUCCACACCAUUUCAACCGACAGACAGCGAUCAGGUUCAGCAACUAUGCCACCCACAACAACAUCAACCACCGUCAUGCAAGGAGCUACCCAACAAGUCACCAUUCCGGCAACCACCAAACCUGCAAUUUCAACCACCUCAGAUGUCACAACACUCUCAUCAUCCCUCCACACUGUAACCACUGUUCUUCCCAAAGAAGAGUUGCCUCUCACGACUGAGACUGACUGGACUUAUGACAUGUCACCUUUUUUCUAUGACCGACUGGUGGUUGAACAAGGGCCUGAGUUUGUUCACCACAGCCGUCACAGGGGCUGGGUGUAUGUGUGGCUCCUGCCUUCAGAUACAGCUUUAGCAGGGUUCCUCAUGUUUUGUCACAUCCUUCUUGUGGCCGCAGGCUUGUUUCUCAUUCUUGCUGCCAUGUAUGGUAUGUAUUGCCUCAACAAGACCAUGGAUAAGCUAAAAGCUGAGUGCACACAUAAUGAAGGGUAAAAAAAAAACAUGUUAUCCGGCCUGGUGCAUGAGAGACCAAGAUAAGCAGUCUUUUUCCGCAAGCUGUAGUUCAUAACGGAUUACUUUACUUUAGAUACAAGUUUAGAUACAAGCUUUUGUGUUAGGAUGCUCUGUCAACACUAAUGUGUGAGGCAUGAGUGUCAACAUAUCAGAACUGGCAUAUUUCAAUGUGUUUGGUCUAAUAAUAAUUUCAUUUUCAUUUAUUUCAUUUUUAUUUUAUGAUUCAUUUAAGCUAAUUAGGUUAUCAGGUUUAGUGCACUCCGAGCACUGUGGCAGAUUUAGUUCAUCCAGGAAUAAAAUGCAGUUGUCAAUUUCAUUCAACAAAGAUUUUCUUUGGUAGAUGACAAAAGAAAAAAUGCUUGAUAGAUGCUUGUUUGUCAGUAGAAGAUUUUAUUUCCUCACACUAAAGUAUGUACAAAAUGCCAUCAAGCUACAAUAUGAUGAUGUAAUUUUUGCCUCUCCCUUCAGUAAUUCUGAGGACAUUUUGUUCUACAUCUGUUACCGAUUUGGAUCUGACCAGAAAUUGUUAAGAAGUUCAAGUUUUUAAGGACUUACUCUUACUCUUAUAUAGCCUGUUUCACCAUUGCUGUGUGUUCUCUGGUCCAAUCCUGUAAUCACGUAGAUCAAUACUGUGUAUGCACCAAUAAACUUUAUACAAUCUGAA